UGAAAUUUGUUUUAAAAGAUUCAACUUUGGCACUAUGAAUUGGAAACUCCCGGAUUUAUUCAGGAAUCCGUUGGAUUUUAUAAACACAAACAAAAAACCACCAGAACAGGUCAAUGGUGAACUUUUAGAUGACGAAGAGGAUGAUUUAGGAAUAAAACUCGUACAACACAAAGGAACUGUACCAUUUCGAAGAGUUGAAAGCUCUGUACACACAUUUGUUAAUGUAGCAUUACCAGCCGAUUUGGACAGGCUUCACAGACAUCAAUGCAAUAUUAGAAAAUGGAGAAAGUCAAAAGAAUUUUGGAAAUUACAAGAAGAAUAUAUAAAUUCUGGCAGAACGGUACAACAACUGACUAGAAAUAUUAAUGAAAUGGAAUUACUUCGGGCUAGAGUUAUUGAAGAAGAUUUACCUAUUUUUGACCAACAUUUGGAUUUGGCGAAAGAAAAAGCGAAAGCAUCUAUAAAUGAAUUUUUAGAAAUACAUGAUGAAGGAUUAAAAAGUGACGGAUCAAUUGUAGGUUCCUUGGAUCAACGAAGCAGUAAAGAUAAUCCUGAAACUGUUGGUAACAGACUAUUACAGUCUUCUGUUUCAGGUAAAUCUAGUUCAAGCCAUACAGUUGAUCAUUUUGUAUCAAACUACCACGGCUCUAGUGAAAAUGUAUCCAAUAUGCCUGAAGAAAAAAACAUACAUGAGGAUGCAUUUGUGCAGUUGCGUGGUAAUAGACUUGUCAUAGAGUCAAGUUGUUCUAGCAGAGGGGACUUAAAUGAAUAUGGGGCGUACGAAAAACAAGUUGAUGACACAUCUUCUGCAGAAGAAGCAGAUGAAUCAAAUUUCCAAAUCUUAGAAUUGGAAAGUCGGCAGGAGGAAGCAAAUGUUGAGGAAUGGUGGGAUAAAUUACGAAAAGACAUUGUGGAUUUAAACACAGUAAUGAACGAUUUUUCUUCCCUUGUUCAUGAUCAGGGUAAGAUGGUGGAUGACAUAUCAAGUAAUAUUGAAGACGCUGAAACUAAUAUAAACGAAGGGAAAUCACAAUUAAGAAAAGCAACAAUACUAAAAGCUGCCAUGUUUCCAAUUUUAGGUGCUGUCGUUGGUGGUGCUGUAGGAGGUCCAAUUGGGAUGGUCGCAGGAUUUAAGCUUGGGAGUGUCACGACAGGCCUAGCAGCAGCUGGUGUCACUGGAACUAUAAUUGGUUCAAGGGGUAAAGCUCUCAAAAAGAGGCAAGAUGCUAAUAGUUUUGAAAUGAAAGAGAUAAAACAAAAACACGAAGAAACUGACAAUGUUAUUGAUGAUGAUACUACAACAUAGCAGUACAUAUUUCACAAUUUGAAAUUUUAUUCGUUUCGUUGAAUACAUGACUAUGUUACCAUAUUUCAACUAUACUUUCAAAUUGUUUCUGUAUGAUUAAUCAGUAUUUAUUUGAAUUGAAAUUUAAAAACAUGACAAUUGUAUUAAAUUUAGAGUUUUGAAGUUUCCACCGAGUGACACAUACCAAAUAUGUUUUUGAUUCAACCAACUGCUUGGUAAUCUUCUGCACUUAUAUAUACCUAUUUUCCUCCAUCGUUGGCUUCCUCAUUUUUAUAGUCUCUCCCCUGCUUUGAUUGCUUUGUGUUAAUUAGGACUGGCACCUUCAUGCUUUAAAAAGGAUGUUAUGUUGUUGAAAUUUUCGAAAUGCUUUAUAACUAUGGGUUGGUAAUAUUUGUUAAAUAAAUUCUGAUCUCAAUCAUACUAGAAAUUUUGAUACAUUGUUAACAAAUUAUACACCCGAUUUAAAAAAAUAGUAAAAAUUUGGAUUAAACUUUUAUUUGUAAUGUUAGAAAUUCUGUCUGUCACUUGUGUAACAAUCAGUUAUCAUUUGUUCAUGAAUUCUUUGAUAGUUGCUUAUUGAAUUUUGUUAUGCCUUCUCGCCUGCCUAGUAUUAUUUAUGUUUAAAUUUUGAUUUAAAAUAGUAUAUGUUUCUUUUCAUAG